AUGGGCAGCAAUUCAGAGCAGCGCAUGGCGCGCAUACACCAACUCGAAAUGCUGCGCCAAGCCGCCCUGCACAAAACCAACUCCAUCACUCGCGACGAGCAGGCUCGGCUCAUGCAACUACGCAUGCUGACGAUGCGCGACGAAAACUCCGACUUGAGAGAGCAGCUCGGCCAGAGAGACUACAAGAUGAUGGCGCUUACCAGGGACACUGACCAGCUGCGGCUGGACCUGGACCACAGCAAGCAAACCGUUCGUGCGCAGGAAGCACGACUCAAGAAGCAGGACAUUGACAUGGCCAGCCUCAAGAGUGAAAUCGAAGCGUUGAACGUGUCCAUGCAAGAUUCGGGCAAGGUUUUGCAGGAAAAGUUUGCCUUGGCAAGGGAGCUGGAUCGCCUCAAGCCAGAGCUGGAGCAUCUCCAGUCGCAGCUCGCGACUUUUCAAGAAACGGUAGCGGAAAAGAACAAUCUUCGUCGACAACUGGACUCUGUCGAGGUUGAGCUCGAGAACGAGAAGCGGUCCAGGCAACUCUUGCAGUCCACGAACGACGACGACGCCGCCAUGGCAGAGCUGACAUGUCGACUGCAAGAUGCCGAGAAAAAGCUUGCCGCCGAGAAGAAGGAACGUCAAAGGGCCGAACGGGAGCACGAAAGGGAACUGGCGGCCACCAAGGCCGAGAACGAGCGGUUGGAGGAGCGCAUCUCCAGCCUCAAGGAGAAAUCAAGGUCACUUGCGGCCGAGCUGAAGGCGACGCGAGAGCAGCUUGAUGAUGAUGCCGCAUCAGAGACGGCGGUUGCUGUCAAGGCGCCAUCUGCUGCGGGCCGGUCCGCCGGGGAGAAGCCAAAGAAGGCCAUGGCACUGGCGGCUGCAGCUGACGUCGGCAAGAAGCGUCGUGCUCCUGCCAUGUCCUUUGAGGAAGUCACGAUUCAGACCCCCGGGAACGAUGCCGUUGCGCGGGAGAGGCCCGCCAAACGGCGCGGAAUCGAAAAGUCAGCUGUUGGCGAAAAAUCCGCCUUCUCCGUCACGCCGUUCCUCAACCGAAACAAGUCUCUCUCCGGCACUGAGGAGUCGCCAAACAUGGUCGGCGUCGGAGCCGAGGAGGAACCCGCUUCGGAUGCUGCCGCGGCGCCUGAGCCACCGUCACCGUCAGAGUCCGAGGAGGAAGCCCCCAAGCCCAAGGUCUCGUUCAAAUCGUCCGUAUCGGUCAAGUCUCCGGCCAAGGCGACCAGACGCCGCGGACGGCCGCCAAAGGCAACGCCACUGGCCGAGUCGACGCCCGCAAAGGCUAACAGAGCCAUCAGGUCAAAAGGCACAACACCCAAGAUCAAGUCCAUACCAGAGGUCUGUGUGGACAAAUCUGGCCAUGACUCGGGCGCAGCCGACCAAGAGAAUGCGCCUGUCGCGGCUGCCAGGAAGGCCUCGGCAUUGGCUCAGCCCAAGGCGGAUGAGCCGGAGGCCAAGAGGAAGAAGCGCAAGCUGCUCGGCGCUGCCAACACCACCCUGUUCGACGAUGACGACAACGAUGCAGAAGCCCAGCCCAAAGCACAGCCGCCGGCGGCUGGUAAACGAACAAGAGCUCGUCUCGGCGGCGGGGUAAGGAAUGCGUUUGCAGCUCCUGCUUCGUUCUCUCCGUUGAAGAGGGACAGGAGGGGUGUUAAUGCCAGCUUCCUGGUGUAG